AUGAAACGCCGUACGGUGGGUGAUAUCCUGGCACAAAAAGAAAAAUGGCUUGAGAGCACCGACGACAAUCCUUUUCGUAGGAACAGGCAGGCAAAGAACGAAGGCAUGGAAAAGGCCCUAUUCCUCUGGUUUUCAGGAGCUAGAGCACGAAAUUUACCAGUAACCGAUGACGUUUUGCGAGCAAAGGGAAAAGAACUUGGGGAGAAACUUGGUGUGACUGAUUUUGCUUAUUCAUCAGGAUGGCUGACGCGAUUUAAAAAAAGAUUUGUCAUAAGCAACCGUGUCAUUUCAGGGGAGAGUGCGGGAAUAGACCCCGAGGCGAUUGAUGCAGGUUGGAGAAAAGCCAAGACUGUCAUUGCCAAGUAUAAACCUGAGGAUGUCUUCAAUAUGGACGAAACCGGUUUAUAUUAUCGUAUGCUACCAGAUAGGACCUUGACGCUAGUGACCUCUACAAAAGGGAUCAAAAAGGCAAAAAUUCGCAUAUCGCUCGCGCUAACAGCAAAUGCAACAGGGACUGAAAAAUUAACCCCUCUUGUAAUUGGACAUGCUCAGCGACCAAGCCAUAUUGUUCCAGUGGAUGAUGAUGGCCAGCCGAAGUUGACCAAUGUUGACGUUCACUUUCUGCCGCCUACAACAACGAGCCAUUUGCAGCCCAUGGAUGCAGGCAUUAUAAAAGCUUUUAAAGCGCAUUACCGUCGCUUUCAAGUGAGACACAUGAUUGAUGCUUACGAUGCUGGAUGGCCUACAGAAAUCCAGCCUAACCAUGCCAUUCACUAUGUUAAGCAAGCAUGGAAUGCCAUAACUGAAAAGACAAUCGUCAAUUGCUGGGAACAUGUGAAAAUUUUUCCAGAUCGCACACCUGCUGCCGAUGCUGAUGUUGAGGUCCUUGAUCCAGUUCCCGCACCCCUGCAGAACGAUUUUGGAAACAUGUUUGAGUGCAUGGCCGAAAUGUACACCAUUCCUCCUGAGCACGCCAUGAGUGAGAGCGAAUUCAUUUCAGUUGAUGAUGGCCUAUCAACUGGAGAAGAAUUGACCGAAGAAGAAAUCAUCAACAUCGUGGUAGGACCUUCGUCCGAUCCAGGGAACGAAGAUGAAGACGCCGAUGACAUCGACAUAGAACCUCAACGACCGCCAACAAGCUGCGAGGCCAAAGCGGCACUUGAUGUUGUUGUGAGGUUCCUGGAAUCGAAGACUCCAGCCGACGGCGUUAUGAAAAAAGUCAUGGACAUUUCCUCAGAAAUAAACAAUUUGAUUAAGAAAUCGACGAAACAAUCUGCCAUAACCGACUUUUUCAAAAGUCAGUAA